AUGGCACUGAAGAGAAAACACAGUUCUAGCGCUUGGUUGUACGACUUCCAUCAGAGUACACCACCAACAUCCAGCACUAAUGCGUCUGAAAACUAUCUGCCCGUUAGUGCUGGUGAUGAAAAUGAGAGGAUGAGGAAGAGGAGGAGGACGGAUAGUUUCAAGAAGCUGCUCUCUCUUCACUUCUGUGACUGGAGCGGCAGCUCAGAUCAGACUACUGCACCGAUAAAUGAGACACGAGCUGAGGGUACAUCCAGUGACCCUUUGAGAAUUAAAAUAUCCUUUUGUUUGUUAUUCCCCUCUUUAGAUCAUAGUUCUCUGCAGUCCAUUGGCUGGUCUCUAGAGCAUCAUGGUCUUCAGGAGCCUCUUUUCAGAAGUCUUGAAGUCCUUCUUCCUGAAGAUCAGCAGGCUCAGACCCCUCCAACUCCAGCUAAAGAAGGGAAGCAUUUGGAGGGUGACCUUGAGCCUGUUAGUGAAGAAAAUGUUAGUCAGGAGAGACAGAGGAGGAGAAAGAGUAGCUUUGAGAAGCUGCCCUCUCUUCAUUUGUUUAACUGGAGAGGCAGUUUAGAUCAGGGCCAGAAAGUGGAGGUCCAGAUUACUGCAGCCAUCGAUGCAACCAAGCAGACAUCUUUUAUCACUGACGCAAAAAGAAAAAGAAGCUCUUUCAGUGAUCAGGUGUACGACUCCCAUCAGAGUACAUCACCAACAUCCAGCACUAAUGUGGCUGAGAACCAUCUGCCUGUUGGUGCUACUGAAGAACAUGAGAUGCCAAUGAGAAAGAAAAGGAGGACAGAGAGUUUUGAGAAGCUGCUGUCUCUUAAAUCCAUUAAAUUGAGCUGCGGUUCAGACCAGGCGAUGAUAUAUGAGAGACAAGUUGAUGGUAAACCAAAUGACCAAUUGAUCAUUGCAAAUGAGUAUCCAUUAAUGGAAAUCUAA